AAGAAAUAAGGUCUUGGGGCGACACCAGCAGUUCAAAUUUCUCUCUUUUUCGUCAGAGAAGAGUUCUGAGAAUAAGAGCAGUUGCAUCUGAAGAAUUUGCUUCUUUGAAAACAGAAGAAGAUAAGGUAAAAUUGGGUGGUUCUAAUUUGAAGGUCACGAAGCUGGGAAUUGGAGCUUGGUCUUGGGGCGACACCAGCUACUGGAAUAACUUUGAAUGGGACGAUAGGAAGCUGAAGGCGGCUAAUGGAGCCUUUAAUGCCAGUAUCGAUUGUGGUAUAACUCUCUUCGAUACUGCUGAGGUUUAUGGCUCAAGGUUGUCUAUGGGUGCAGUUAAUUCAGAAACAUUACUGGGAAGAUUCAUCAAGGAAAGGAAAGAGAAAGAUCCAUCAGUAGAGGUAGCUGUUGCAACCAAGUUUGCAGCCCUGCCAUGGAGGUUUGGUCGUGGGAGUGUUGUCUUAGCCCUUAAAGAUUCCCUAUGCCGCCUUGGUCUUUCUUCAGUGGACGUAUACCAGCUUCAUUGGCCAGGAGUCUGGGGAAAUGAAGGUUACAUUGAUGGCCUUGGAGAUGCUGUUGAGCAGGGCCUUGUGAAGGCUGUUGGUGUCUCAAAUUACAACGAAAAACGUCUCCGUGAUGCUUAUGAGCAGCUUAAGAAGAGAGGUAUUCCAUUGGCUUCCAACCAGGUAAAUUAUAGCCUCAUAUACAGAGCUCCAGAGGAAAAAGGUGUGAAAGCUACCUGUGAUGAGUUGGGGAUCACUCUGAUUGCGUAUUCUCCAAUUGCCCAAGGUGUUCUUACUGGAAAGUACACACCAGAGAAUCCACCCUCUGGUCCACGAGGCAGGAUAUACACUCCUGAGUUCCUCAUAAGGCUCCAACCUUUGUUGAACAGAAUCAAAGAGAUAGGACAGAACUACAGCAAAACUCCUACGCAGGUGGUUCUUAACUGGUUAAUAGCCCAGGAGAAUGUGGUACCCAUCCCUGGAGCCAAAAAUGCAGAACAGGCAAAAGAAUUUGCAGGUGCACUUGGGUGGCGACUCACAGAUGAGGAGAUUGCAGAGCUUCGAUCUCUCGCGUCAGAGACAAAACCAGUUACUGGGUUCCCUGUUGAAAACUUGUGAUGGUACAGAAUCAUUGACAAUGAAUUUCUUUAUCAGUUCACUUUCAUUAUGAAUGCAAUACCAGUAUUUUGAGAAGAGACUAUGUUCCUAUUGAAGCUUUUAUUCUGAAUUUUUUUUCUUAGGAAGAAAGUGGGGGAAGUUUUCACCUAGAGACUCUUCUGUGAUCAGUAAUCAAAAGAGGUUAUAUGGCAUUUCUGUUCAAAACUUGUAACUUACUAGCAAUGUGUAAAAAAAUUACCUUUUCAUUCAACUUGAUGUAAGAGCACAUUGUCAUUAUUAAUAAGACAUUGAAAUUUUCUA